GAGGAUAUUACCGCGGUACCUAAAAUAUAACCGAAUACGACAUAUUUUAAACAUAUCGUGUGAUAGUCGUGAUAUUUCUUGUAACUAAUAUUAUGUGUUUUGUAUGCGGUGACUUGUGGUAGUUUGUGACAAUGUCUCGAGCAGCGCUUAUAACUUUAAUUGGAGUUUCAGUGUUCUUUAAGUGUUCGGACUCCGUUGAUCUCCCCCGGUUCGUGGGUCCAGGGUCAAAUGUCACCGUAGCUGUAGGCAGGGAUGCCGUCUUCACCUGCAGUGUUGAUAACCUGCAAACAUUUAAGGUGGCGUGGCUCCGUGUCGACACGCAGACAGUGCUCACGAUUGCAGCUCACGUAAUAACCAAGAACCACCGCAUCAGCGUGAUCCACGGCGAUGGCACUUGGACGUUGGUGCUGCGUGACGUCACGCCGGCGGACGGGGGCAGCUACAUGUGUCAGGUGAACACCGAGCCCAUGAUGAGUCAGCUGCACGAGUUACACGUUGUGGUACCACCGAACAUUGAUGACGAAGCCAGUAGCAGUGACAUCAAACUGAAGGAGGGAGAGAGUGCUGCCCUCCGCUGUGUAGCCUCUGGAACUCCUACACCUACCGUAACGUGGAGGAGGGAAGACUCCAGGCAUUUUAAGAUUGAUAAUCAAACUUUAGUAUCGAAAUGGAGCGGGAAAUGGCUGAACAUAUCAAAUGUGGAGCGAGCUACGUCAGGAGCAUAUCUAUGUAUAGCCACUAAUGGGGUGCCGCCGUCUGUUAGCAAAAGAAUAUUGCUUCGUGUUGUCUUCGCCCCCUCAAUAAGGCCUGGUCGUGCUGCCAUCCGUGCGUUGUCCGGUACUAAAAUUAGUCUUCAGUGCUCGUCGGAAGCGUAUCCCAUACGUAGCAUGUAUUGGGUACUCAAUGGUGAACAGAGAUUAGCUAAUAGUAGCAAAUACAGGGUGAGCGUUAUAACGCGAGAGUACCGGCACACCAUGACGCUGGAAGUAAACGACAUGUCACGAGAGGACGCGGGCUCGUAUCGCUGUCACGUGGACAACUACCUUGGAAACGCUCAAGCGGAAAUAUCCUUACACAUUUUAACAACAACGACGUCAACAACAACGACCACAACAACAACGACAACGACAACAGUUCAACCAACAACAAAUGUAGUGUCAUAUGAAGACCAGCAUAUGGAUCAACAAGAUCGAGAUGUGGCAGAGGAUCUAGCUCAAGAAGAUACUUAUGUAGUUCUCAGCCAACAUCAAAUGCAAAAUCUAGAGAUGAUAACAACAUUAUGACCAGGAAGCAAGGAGCAGGCACAGUCUCCUUGGUCCGACGUCUGGUCACCAGCUCAUGAUGCGGCCACAAUGACCGUUCCAUCAUUCUCCACAACAGUGGUGGUGCUGAUCAGCGCAGUGUUAAGAUAAACUCAAAUUUCAGUGAAGUGUUGCCGUUAAUGUAAGCUGUUACAGUCGCCAUGUAGGUGAACUUUAACAAACUUUACAUCAAAAAUGUUGUGUGAAAAUACAAUUGUUUUUGUGUAUUUUAUAAGCAGGAAAAUAAUAAUUAUUGACCUUAGAUUAAAGGAUUAGUCUCCGCUGCACUCCAACUAAAUACCGCACUACCUAAGAACAAUAGCUUUUUUUAUUACGGCAACUAUUAGAUGCUUGUGUGCGUGGCAUCUUGACACUCAAUGGCAUUUUUCAAAAUUUGUGUUAUUUUACAUUCAAAUAAAUAAAAUAUAAUUACUGAUGAUAUGUGAUCCCAGUGUCUAUCUUAUUUCUUGUAGUAUUAUUUUUACAGUCCUACUACGCAACCUGGAAUUUUAGUUGCAAAGUUCAACAGAACAUGUGGCACGUCAUCGUCACACAUACACAUGCCGCAAUUUUCUGCUACGCCUGCGGUAUCUAGUUGGAGCGCAGCGGUGACCAAUCCUUAAUCUAAGUUAUGAACCUAUGUAUAUUUGUCAGUUCAAUUAACCUAAUAAUAACAGUAAGUAUCUGCUAGUGCUCUGUAAUUAUUUUAUGGGAGAAAAAUAAAUAAAGCUUAUUUAUUUUGACCUUAA